CGUUGGUUUACCCUAUGACACGAACAGAAGCACAGCUGUUGCACAGCGGAGGGUGAAUGUUUAAAAAAAAAUUGAAUUAAUGUCAUUGUAGAAAAUGUUCAGUCCCACGGGCUUCCCUGAAUGUUUACGCGAAUGGGAAGAUUUGGAGAAAAGCUUCCAUCAAAUCCAGGACACCCAUCGUUUAUACAAACAGAAACUUGAGGAUGUUACAAAACUGCAAGACAGUUGCUCCGGUGCCAUAGCUCGUCAGAGGAAGAAACUAGAGGAGCUCACUGCGUCACUAGGAAAAUGCAAAGAAAAUCAUCCAGCAGCCAGAUUAAGUCCAGAGGACGUGGAUGCCAUCGCUGAAAUGGAGGCCUCCAUCAAAGAAAGAGCAGACGCUUUCUCUGAGAUGGAAGCUUUUCUGCCAAAAAAGAACGGGUUAUACCUCUCUCUUGUUUUAGGAAACGUCAACGUGACCCUCCUGAACAAACAGUCAAAAUUUGCCUACAAAGACGAAUACGAGAAAUUUAAACUGGUCCUCACGGUGAUCCUCUUUGUGCUCUCCUUCACCUGCCGCCUUUUGUUCAGCUACAGAGCCUUAGAUGCCCUGUUCAACUUCCUGAUGGUGUGGUACUACUGCACACUCACCAUCCGCGAGAGUGUCCUCAUCAGCAACGGCUCAAGGAUCAAAGGAUGGUGGGUUCUCCAUCACUACGUGUCUGCCUUCCAGUCCGGAGUCAUGCUCACUUGGCCUGAAGGCGCCCUCUACCAGAUGUUUAGGAAUCAGUUCCUGACUUACUGUCUAUACCAAAGCGUUGUCCAUUUUCUCCAGUACUACUACCAGAGUGGCUGUUUGUACAGACUCCGAGCUCUGGGAGAAAAACACAACAUGGACAUUACAGUCGAGGGUUUCCAGUCCUGGAUGUGGAGAGGAUUGACCUUCUUACUUCCUUUCUUGUUCUUUGGUCAUUUCUGGCAGCUCUACAACAGCGUAACACUGUUCCAGAUGUUUCAGCUCCCGGAGUGUAAAGAGUGGCAGGUGGUGAUGUGCAGCUGCUCUUACAUGGUGCUCUUCAUGGGAAACUUCUUCACCACACUGGGAGUGGUUUACGAGAAGUACAUGAACAACCCGGACAAGUCCAAGGCCUUAUAAGGAAGCCAAUAACCUGAAUGUUGUCCUUGUGCACUGCUACUUUCGGCGAUAUCCGAGUGCAAUAUGUUUUACCCGUAGGUCACAGACAUUACCCCAUUGACCUGUCAAUCAAUGUUUCUGCAGAAGUUUUGGAAUUUUACAACAAAUGUUACUGAAUAUGGAAAGAACCAAGCUAUUGUUUCUUAGCUGCUGCAUUGUAUUUUAUUCUUGAACACAGUGCAAAUAAAACACUCCAAGACCCCCCA